UUUAACACACGACUAGAACUAGAACUUGUUUUGAUGAGACCAAAGUACCAAGUCUCAGUGUUCUAAAAUGGCAGGAUCUUUGAAUUCACGCGCCCAGGUGGCGGUGUUGUCUGUAAUGAUUCUGCUAUGUUUAACUGGAAACAACAACAUCGUACCGGUCACAGAAGCCAUCUGGUUAAAUAUACCGAGUUCAGGGACCAAGUGUGUGUCCGAGGAGAUACAAAACAACGUCGUCGUAUUGGCUGAUUAUUACGUGGUCGACGAAGCUCAACCUGAAAAUCCUUCCACUGUCUCUGUUCGGGUCACAACUCCAUUUGGAAACAAUGCUCACUACAAUGAAAAUGUUACUCAUGGUCAAUUUGCAUUUACAACUACCGAGGCUGGCAAUUAUUUGGCAUGUUUCUGGUUGGGCAACCAGCAACAAGGUACAAGCACAACUCUAAGUCUUGAUUGGAGAAUCGGAAUUGCUGCCAAGGAUUGGGACUCAGUUGCAAAGAAGGACAAGAUCGAGGGUGUUGAAUUUCACUUGACGAGACUUGAAGCUUCAGUGAAAGCCAUCCACGAUAAUCUGCUCUUCCUCAAGCACAGGUCUGUGUCUCUUCCAAAUUUAAUCUCUUUAGGAGGAUUCCUCGCUGGUAUCUGCCUUGUUUUAUUGAUUGGUUGCCACUGA